CUUCGAAAACUAAAUCUCAAAUGCAUAAUCCUCGAAAAAGCCCCUCGUUCAGGAGGUGUAUGGUAUUGGAACUGUUACCCCGGUGCCAGGGUCGACACUCCCGAACCGGUUUAUCAAAUCCCUGACCCGGAGCUAUGGGAAGGAUUCGAUUUUCGUGAGAGGUAUCCUGGACGAGAUGAAUUAUGUCGAUAUUUCGAUCAUGUGGAUUCCAAGUUGAAUUUCAGCAAGGAUACGUGGUAUGGAAGCAAAGUUAUAGGUGCUAAGUGGGAUAAUGAAGCUUGUUUUUGGGAAGUCAAGUAUGUUCGUCAAGAUAAAGAAGGAGGAUUGACUGAAGGGAAAGUUAAAGGGAGAUGGUUUAUUGCUGGUAUUGGUUUAUCAGGAGAGAUUUAUAAACCUAAAAUUGAAGGAAUGGAGUUGUUCAAGGGACAAUUGGUUCAUAGUGCUGAAUGGCCUCAAACGGGUAUCGACCUAAAAGACAAAUCAGUUGCCGUAAUUGGUACAGGUGCUUCUGGUGUUCAAAUCAUUCAAGAAAUAGCACCUAUCACAUCCCAAUUAACAGUCUAUCAACGUACACCUAAUUUCUGUCUUCCAAUGGUUCAAAGAUCUCUUUCACCUUCGGAAAAUAAGAAGAAAAAAUCAGAUGGAACUUAUCAAACCGCCUUCAAUAAAACCCUUACCACAUUCGCUGGAUUCCCAUAUGAUUUCCUCCCUCAAAGUCUGUUCUCCGAAUCAUUUGAAAAAAGAGAAGAAUUGUUUCAAUCAUUAAUGGAAGAAGGUGGUUUCGGAUUAUGGCUCAAUAAUUACCAUGACGUUUAUUCCGAUGAAAAAGCGAAUGAAAUAGUAUACGAAUUUUGGCGUGAUAGGAUUCGUAAAAGGAUACAAGAUGAGAACCUCAAAGAAAAAUUAGCACCUAUGAAACAACCUCAUCCAUUCGGUACAAAACGACCUAGUCUCGAGAUUAAUUAUUACGAAUGUUUUAAUUUACCUCAUGUUGAUUUAAUCGAUUUGAAUGAAAACCCUAUUUUGAAAAUCACACAAGAAGGUAUAAAGACAAAAGAUGAUGAAAAGAAAUUCGAUUUGAUCAUUUUAGCGACUGGAUUUAACGCUUUGACUAAAGGAAUGGAAAAUAUGAAUGUUAAGAAUGAUAAAGAUGAAAGUAUUUCUGAUCAUUGGUCUGAAGGAGUUAAAACUACUUUAGGAAUGAUGGUAAAUGGUUUUCCUAAUUUAUUCAUGAUUUACGGUCCUCAAGCACCAUCGGCUUUUGGUAAUGGACCUAUUUCAGCUUCUAUUCAAGGUAAUUGGUUAGGAAAGGUUUUUGAGAUGGUAAAGGAGAAGGGAAUAGUAAAGUGGGAGACUAAAAAGGAUGAAGAAGAGAAAUGGACAUUGGAAUGUAGGGAAGUUUGGGGGAAAAGUUUAUUUCCAAAUGCUAAAAGUUGGUAUCAAGGGAGUAAUAUACCUGGUAAAAGAGUUGAAGCUCUGAAUUAUAUAGGUGGAAUACCUAGGUAUAUCAAAGCUUUGGAUAAAUCUUUGGAAGAUGGACUAAAAGCUUGGGAUAUAAAAUAUGAUUCUUCAGAAAACAAGGAAGAACGAUCUACCACUACGAAGGUUGACUAG